AUGAUGAGGAUGGAGAGGAGAAAACAGUAUGUGUACAUCGAUAGUGCUACCCUUAUUCGACUCCAAGUUUUUGAUCCAUCAAUUUGUGUAUCAGGUUCCAGGAUUGUAAAUUCAAAGCAUUCACAGGAUACCUCUGAGUUAACCCUGUUCGAUUAUUUGAACACAUGUUCCUCCACACUCGGAAGUCGCCUUUUGUCAAAGUGGUUGAGGUUUCCUCUAAAAGAUGACGAAGAACUUCAUCGACGACAAUAUGCCGUAGAAUUUCUUACCAAAUCAGCAAAUAGGGGUCUCCACAAGUUGCUGUUGAGCUGCAUAAAACGUGUCGGCAAUAUCCAGCGUGUGCUGUCUAAAAUGCAUACCUCAGCUGCGGCGCCGAAUGAAUGGAAAGUGCUGCUACAGACACUGCAGUCCUUGAAGUCGAUCAUAGACGCCUGCCGUCAUCAUCCCGAAUUGGGUGCACCCUUUGACAGUCCUGAAAACGCCUCUUCUCCAUGUCUGAUACUUUGUUCUCUGCUAGAAAAGAUCAUCGAAACAAUUGAUAUGUCUUCAACUUCCUCUCACAAGCGCUUCAUUGUCAAACAAGGGCAUCAUGCAUGGUUAGAUGAGUGGAAGCAAAUUUACAGAUGCCUUCCGGAUAUUUUGAGUCGACUGGCUGAACACGAAUUGAAUCGUCUAAGAGGUCAUGUUGACGCCUGUGGUUUAAUAUACUUCCCUUUAGUCGGAUAUCUUUUGCAAAUUCCAUCUUCUCAAGCUUCUGAAGAGCUACAAGAACUGGGUCUGCAAUAUAUUUUUACAAACGGGGAAUUGGCAUACUACCGAACCGCAACGACUAAAGAAUUGGAUAAGCGUUACGGCGAUGUCAUGUACGCAAUAUUGGAUGCUGAAACCUCGAUUAUGCACGAGCUGCAAGAAGAAAUUUUAAAGGCAGCUAAGCCACUCCUACGGCUGCUUGAUUUUGCCACUGAACUGGAUUGCAUUUGUGCUCUAGCGGCCGCGGCCAUACGGAUGAACGGUGUCAAGCCACGAAUGGUCUCGAGAGGCUCAAUAAAGAUUCAGAGGGGCCGAAAUAUUCUCUACGAGACACUUCAUACCAACUACCAAACAAACUCGUUUGCCUCACCAACGGAAAAGGGUAGCGUCACCCUGGUGACUGGGCCAAACGCAAGCGGUAAGACUAUGUUCAUAAAGCAGAUCGGCCUGAUCGUCUACCUAGCCCACAUUGGUAGCUUUGUACCAGCCGACUACGCAACCACACCGCUGAUGGACUCAAUUCUGGCACUUAUGCCAGCCGAAAUAGAGAGGCAGCCAAAGACACAGGGAUACCUUGCCGACGCCAGCUGGCUUGCCAUGGCUCUUCGCCACGCCAGCGCCAAUUCUCUGCUCCUACUGGAUGAAUUCCCCUACUUUUCCGACCAGCCAAAGAAGCUCACCUCAUAUAAUAGUAACCGGAUUGAAUAUGAACUGGGCGAAAACACUACUACGGCCACUGGCGCACAGCAUAAAUCUGAAGGUAUUGAAGUAAUCAGCCCCACAGUUCUUUGCCAGAAAAUGCGCACAACCAGCGACGCUAAGGGACCCAUUUUUCUGCAUGAAGUGGCGCCAGGCAUCACUGACACCAAUUACGCAUUAGAAGUAGCGAGCAGCGCGGGUAUACCCACGGCGGUGAUAGCCACAGCAGCUCAACUUAUCAGCUCUUAG